AUGUCCUUGGAUGAGCUGAAACAAUGCGAAAAUCGCUUGUUUUUGGAAAAUGAGAAAAAUUUGACCGUGUUUUGUCGACUUGUUGACAAGCAAAACUGGAGCUUAGCAAGAAGCGACGAAUUGAACAAGAAAUAUAUUUCGUCUGGUGUUGACGACAUUCUCUUCGAACCAUGGUUCGUCACAGUAGAACUUGGUAUGGGACUUGGCUGUUAUGUUGGCGUUACCUAUGGGGCAUUUGUACCUGAGACAACACUUUGGUUCGAUGUUUAUUUUGAGGUUUCAACUCCUGUAACACUCAUAUCGUCCUUCGCUAAUGGAGAUAUCAAACUACAGUACACGCCUUACUGCUUAGAUUUCCACGCGGAGAGAUACGUUGUUUUGGUUGUGUCACAAGAUUCUCACCGUCAUUUUGUUUUUCCUCCUUGGUACUUUUCGAAAAACUCGAUUGCUACCGAUAUUCAAUUUCAUUCUUGGUCAAAUACAUUGUUUGUUUACGGUUCAGAGGUAUGGAAAUCCCGUGAUGGUGGUAACUCAUUUAAACAGCUAACAGACUUGCGCAGCCCACAUAUAAUAUCUGCAGUGUCAUUUCCACAAUAUGGAGAUAAAGUCGUAGCUUUGACAAACCAUGGAAAUGUAUUAAACGGAAGAAUCGGGAUUUCGAGGUUGAUCGCCAUACAUCAUCAAACUUUGUCCGGGCCUCUGGAUUUCAUUGUGGUUGAUGAACUGGAGUCUAUGAAAGGACUCUCCCGAUAUGGGGACAGUUCAAUAUUCGGAAAUUAUUCCAUCGAGAAGAUUGAUUUUGAGUCCUACCAGAAACAUUUCUGUUUCGAUCAUCUCUUAUUGCAAUUUAUUGGCCAUCGUGAAUUCUUUAUAUUUGUUGCAACGCCGUUCGAACAGUCUUCAAACCAGGCUUCAUCCACUUCCUGCUUUCGCUCUUCAGUGGUUAAGCAGGUUCUUAAGAGUCGACUUGGAGGUUCAGGACAUAUUUCCGAGGUAGUGCAAUUAAACCAAUCUACUGGAUACUAUACAAAAGCCAAGGGAGAAAUUAUAAAAGAUUUUGUUGGUUUAACACCGAUCUCAGCGCCAGUGUUAAACUCUGAUUUGCAAUUAAGGCUUUUUAGCUCGACUUUCCAUGAAGCGAUUUAUGAACUUAGUAUUGAUGGUGGAGGAUGGUCAAGUCACGAUGUUGGAAGAAGUGUGGUGCUCGCCAAUGGAUUGAGUAUCUUAUUGGUAAAAUAUAUUGAUGCUUCUACCAUAUAUGGUUUGCCGCCUCCAGGUAUUUCACCAAGUAUUUUACCACGUGUAAACCAGAUGUCCGGCACGUGGCAGAUGUACGAUCUUAGCUCGGCAACUGUUCUCAUUGACAAGAUUGACAGCAUCAGUAUAAGUUAUUCCAUGGGCGUGUUCAAGGCCACAACAAACUUUGCUUUCACGAAUUCACAUGUUGGUAAGGUUUUAAUGGUUCACGGUGAUAACCAUGGUGUAAUUGAAUCAGCGUCGACUGGGGUAGUUUCUUUUCAAAAUGGUUCCCCUCUGAAGGUAGGGGACUUCACAGAAUGGAAGUUACUUGAACCACGUGUUUACUCCAGUGACCCAGAGAAUGGUUAUGGAAUGUGGUGGCUUGAGGAGGAGAGUUGCUCCAGCUUUCCUAUCGUUACCCCAAAACGAUAUAAAACCUUGUAUCAUUUAGAUACCCAAGAUGGAGUAACACUGCAGUUUGCUAUUCUUGCUCAACACCUUGAAACACUCGAGUCAGAAAUUUCAAUCCAUGUGAGCAACCCAUCGCUAUUCUUCAUCAGAGGAGCCCAUGAACACUAUGAAACAAACCAUACACUGGAAGUUAGUUUAACCAGGAGACCGCUAACAACAGGGUUGUCUCAGAUGUCGUUUAGUAUCCCGUACUUAUCGUUAAAAUGUCCAAGUGUUUCGAAUGUUAUCACCGUCCAUGGAGGGUGUCCGCCCAGCAAGCGUCUGGUUUUUCAAUAUCCAAUUACCUUCUCACCAAAUGUGUUUCUUCGUGGUACACCUACAGACGGUGAUGGUGUUUUAAGGCGUUACAAACUACCUGCAAAUUACCGACCACCUUCUUCUAGAGGCGUUGGUAUUCCUAUGUCAUCAAACCUAUACAAUGUACACCCAGAAAAACCACCGUAUAAGGAAAGGUUCGAGAUCUCUCGAAGAACCCGUGUGUAUAAGCAAUGCAGUGGCAAGUCUUACCGUCGCCAUUGUGACUGCCGUCAAGGGAACAUCACGAUGUCAAGAUUGGUCGCCUACUCCGAUUGCAUUAGUACCGUGUAUAGGUUAUUGUAUGGAGAAAUAUUCAGACCAAAUUUCAGUCUUGUAGAAGAUGAUGCCAUCACAAAACAUUUCAUUGAUCCCUAUUACAUAGUGGAACUGAAUCAAAGAUCCGAUUUUCAGAUUUUAAACAGUACUACUUUCAGAAUCGCUAAUCAUGAUUCCAGCAUCACCGCCCUCCAAGAUAGACUCAACAGUUCUUUAGAAUUUACAGGUGGUGGUCUUUUUCAUUUUCGUGCAUACGCUGUGAAAGAAGGAUACACACUCUGUGAUCUGACAGAUGAAUUUAUUCUAUUCAUUGAUGAUCUGCCCCUGCCUAAUCCUUCAAGAGAUGUGGUCAGAUUUACAACGGCUAUGCUGUUUGUUAUGGCGUCGUUCUUUGCAUAUCUCUGGUAUCUCUAUUAUUCCGACCAACGAGACCAGAAUAGGGUGUUUCCAGAUUAGACAGCACAAGAGAGUAUCGGAGAUUAAACGACACUGAGGUGCUACUACUAAAGACGGGUUAAAAGCAUAGAGCUUUGUGAAAAACAGCAUUGCAUAGUUGGAAAACCCUUUGCCGGACACAGUUUAUCAAUGAGAGCUGCCUAUUUUGAUAUUUUGUGCAGAAGCUUGAAGUGUCCAUCUUUGGCUCUUAAAAUAGUCAAGCGUGCAUGAAACCACGUGAAAACGGAUACGUACUAAACUUCUAGGGGUUACAAGGUUAAGGUCAAGUUUUGCUGGAGUGUAUAACGGUUGUUCUAGUACCUGAAC